CAGUCUGUCAAGCGUUCCCUGGCCCAGAGAAACAGCAGAAUCCCCGGAAGUGCUGCCAACACAAACACUGUCUUUGACUGAAUGCAAGCAAUUUCAUAUCUAAAGCUAACAUGCAAACAUGUCUUCAGUUACAUAUAUAUGGCGUCUGUUUCGGCGAUAUAUUCUCACAACGGAGUCAUUUUUUGUCGUCAUCAUUUUGAUCAUUCUGUACAAUACACUGACCAACAUAACCCCACUUUGGGAAAAAGCAAAAGAGAAAUUUCGACACACACAAUCCCGUUUUCAGCGACCAGACAGAUCUGAAGACCGAGAUAACUUGUACUGGCCCUCCGAUCCGAGUAAAUUCUCGUGGGAUUUUGUAAGUGCACAAGCAGCGGCCUAUUCAGUGCAGGGGAGACGACCCCAUAUGGAAGACCGAUUUAAAAUAUUCAACAGCCCCGAUGGAUCUAAACCUUCAAUAUAUGGAUUAUUUGAUGGACAUGGUGGAUCGUUUACUGCUGAGUAUGCCAACGAGAAGCUAUUCCCAAUGAUCUUGACCUCUGUAUCUGGGGAUAUGCUGGACCAUGGGGACAUCCUAACCAAACAGAUCCUGGAUGUGGAUGCACAGAUCUUGAAGGAAGUAAAAGCAAAUAUGGACAUAUCUGGUUCUACUGCUCUAGUAGCAACAGUGAUGGGAGGGAGAUUGACCGUGGCAAAUGUCGGAGACUCGAGAGGGGUGAUGUGUGAUCAGCACGGUAACACUGUACCCCUCUCUGUGGAUCAUAAACCCAAUCAGACAAAAGAGCAUGAAAGGAUAAAGGCAGCAGGGGGGUUUAUAGGUUUCAACGGUGUUUGGAGAGUAGCAGGAAUACUGGCUACAUCCCGAGCCCUGGGCGACUACCCCCUGAAAGACAGGAACGUUCUCAUAGCUGAGCCCGAUAUUCUCACGUUUGAUCUCCAUAAACAUAGACCAAAGUUCAUCAUAUUGGCAAGUGAUGGAUUGUGGGACUGUUUCACAAACGAGGAGGCAGUGGCUUAUAUAAAAGAACGUUUAGAUGAACCUCACUUUGGUGCUAAGAGUAUCAUUUUACAGGCAUACUACAAGGGGUCUUUAGAUAAUAUUACUGUAAUUGUUGUAAAAUUUGAUAAAAUAUUCAAGGAUCAUGUAAGCUAGUAUUAUGGUACAUGUAUUCUGUGUUUUUGUGUGUUUUAAUUUCACAAUAUUUUAAUCCUUGUAAGAUAACUGUUUUUAGCUCUACUGGCCGAAGGCCUCAAGAGCUUAUGUCAUGGCGUGGUUUCCGUCGUCCGUGCGUGCGUUAGACUUUUUCUUGUUUACGCGAUAAAGUCCACAGUUUUCAUCCGAUUCUUUUCAAACUUGUUCAGUGUCUCUAUAUUAAUGAGGACUCAAACCCUAUUGAAAAUGGGUUACAUCAGAGUAAAAAGUCCAGAAUUAUCUCCCCUUGAAUUUUAGAAAAUUGUGAAAUAAGGCUUGUUUACGCAAUAAAGUCCACAGUUUUCAUCCAAUAAUUUCCCAACUUGCACAGUGUCUUUAUCUGAAUGAUGAGUCAAACCCUAUUGAAAAUGAGCAAUAUCGGAGUUAUAAGUCCAGAAUUAUCUCCCCUUGAAUUUGAGAAAAAAAUGAAAAUUCAGUUUUUCUAUGUGAUAAAGUCCAUAAUUUUCAUCCAAUUCUUGGCAAAGUUGCACAGUGUAUUUGUAUCAAUGAGGACUCAAACCCUUUUUAGCUCGGCUGUUUUCGGAGAAAACCCGAGCCGUCCGCCGUAGGCGUCGUGCUAAAACCUUAACAUUGGCUCUAAAAUCAAAGUGCUUCCACCUACAACUUUGAAACUUCAUAUGUAGAUGCACCUUGAGGAGUUCUACACGCCACACCCAAUUUUGGGUCACUAGGUCAAAGGUCAAGGUCACUGUGACCUCUAAAAAAAAAUUCUGACGAGCUUUCGCAGCCGAGCGUUGGCACCCGUUAUGCGGUGCUCUUGUUUAAAAAGAGCAAUAUCGAAGCAAUAAGUCCAGAAUGACUUCCCCUUGAAUAUGAGAAAAUUUUGAAAUCCCGCUUGUUUACGCAAUUAAUUCCACAGCUUUCAUCCAAUUAUUUCCAAAUGUGCACAGUAUCUUUAUAUCAACGAGGAAUUGAACCCUAUUGAAUAUGAGCAGUAUUGGAGAAAUAAGUACACAAUAAUCUCCCCUUAAAUUUGAGUAAAUUCCCCUUGUUUACACAGUUUCCAUCUUAUUCUUUCCAAACUUGCACAGUGUUUAUAGCAGUAGAGCGAUUCAGGCCCUCAUGGGCCUCUUGUUAAUUUAUGUAACAGCAAAGAGAACAAAAUCUUUUUUUUCAAUGAAUGUCAUUCCUGAUUAAAAUUUGGAUUGUCAUUUUGGUAUGUCAAAGUCUGAUAAAUUAUGCAGUAUUAAAUGAGCAUAUGGCUAUUUUAAUUUAUUUUUAAAACAUCCCAGCAACAAUUUGUGGAUGUUGCUGUUUGUUUAUGUUAUAAUGUGUGUUUAAGGGUCAGUCAAAAUGAUGUCUGAUCAGAUUGAUAGAAAGGAUAUAAACAAAUCAGGGUUGCUGGGGUGCCUACGUUCAAUUGGCCUGUUAAAUAAUCCAAUAUGUAAAUUAUUUAGCCUUUAUUUUGUUGUAAAGAUAUAACAAUUUUCAUCAAAUAUCUCACUUUUGUUGAAGUGUUAUUAUUUAGUGUAUGGAGUCAAUUUAACUUUUAAGUGGCCAAAUAUACAGAAAUAGAGGCAAGCCCUGUUAUUCUACACGUAUAAAGUAACAUGUACAUUAUAGUUAUAAAUGUUGCAUGCAUAGUUACAUGAAAUUUUUAAGUUAUGACUUUUGAAGUAAUUAACAGAGGAUUUUGUUAUUUCGAGUUAUUUAUUUCGUGGGCAUAUUUUUUUUCAUAGUUCUCAGUUUAACUCACUUCUGAAUAACAAUCAAAUUAUCAUGGUUGUAAAGUAUUUUCGAAGUGACUGGCCUAGAUUUAAUAUUUAAUUUUAUGAAGCAUUAUUAUUUUUCAUCACAUGAUUUUUCAUGGGAAUCAGUUGUACCAUAGCAACAAUAACAUUCCAGUCUCCAGAACUUUCCAUAGAAAAUGUUUACCAUUCAUAUUGCUGUUUGUGCAAAUUCAAGUGAUGCAUGAUUAAUACAAAUGGCAUCAUUUCCAUCAUUGACUUCAUUUUCAAAUACUUUGUGGUAGCAGUUCUGGUCCUAAUUUUGUAAAGUGAUAAGCAAAUACAAAUACAAGAAUGUGUGCAAUAUUGGGUAGCCAUGCUUUAUUUAUUACAUUGGUUGUAGUUAGUUUUUGUUUUAUGUACAUUAUUGUAACAACUGGGACUUUAUGUGGAUGUACAAAUCUUUAUAUGCAUUUUUAUUUUAAUGUUGUUUAUGAAGUGUUUAUUUUGAAAGAACAAUUUUAAAACAUAAUUGUAAUGUCUGCAAUAAAAUUACAGAGAUAGACAAUUUUCUGAUGUACGUCCUUUGGGCAAAAUUUAUAUUCCAUUUGCAUCAAUGAUCAAAUGAAGUAUCAAAGACAUGGUAGUGUGGAAGAAAAACAUACGUUGAUUUACACAAUUCUCAUAACAUCUGUUCCACAAACUGAGUAUUGUGAAGUGACCAGAACAUGUAAGCAAACGUAUCUUCGGUCAACACUUAAUAAUUAUAUUGAAUGGGUUUGUUUAUGGUUAAGACUAACUAUUAUAUGCAUAUUAAAAUUUCAACUGCAG